AUGAUAGAUUUUAGGGCUAUUUUCAUUCACUAUCUUUCGUUCGUUCAUUUUUCUUUAUUUCUGACAUUUUUUUCUUUUCUCACAAUUUCUUUCUUUCUUUCUUUCUUUCUUUUUUAUUUCUUUUUUUCUUUCCACUAUUUUACUUCUUUCUUUCUUUCUUUCUUUCUUUUUUUCUUUUUUUCUUUCUUUCUUUUUUUUUUUUUUCUUUUUUUCUUUCUUUCUUUUCUUUUCUUUCUUUCUUUCUUUCUUUUCUUUCUUUUCUUUUUUUUUUGCCUUUCUUUAAAUUUCUUUCUUUCUUUCUUUCUUUCUUUUUUCUUUCUUUCUUUCUUUCUUUCCACUAUUUUACUUCUUUCUUUCUUUCUUUCUUUCUUUCUUUCUUCCUUACUUUCUGUCUUUUCAGUUUUAUUAGCAACGGAUCAUCGGGAGAGUGUUUUUCUUUAUCUCACUAUCCUUAAUAUUUUCUUUCUUUCUUUCUUUCUUUCUUUCUUUCUUCCUUCCUUCCUAUCUUUCUUUCUUCUAUUUCACAUUUUCUUCUUUCAUUCAUUCAUUAUUUCUUCUAUUUCGCACUGGUCUCCUCUUUCAUUCAUUCACUCAUUCAUUCUUUCUUUUACUCUUCUAAUUACCACAGGUCUUCUCAUUCAUUCAUACAUUAAUUCAUUCAUUCUUUCUUUCUUUCUUUCUUUCUUUCUUUCCGUGCUUUCAUUCUCUUCGUCCUCUUUCUUUCUUUCUUUCUUUCUUUCUUUUAUUUCCUUCUGUUUUUCUCUUUAUUUUAUUCAUUCUUUCUUUCUUUCUUUCUCUCUUCUAUUUCAUUCUGUUUUUCUCUUUCAUUCAUUUAUUCUUUCUUUCUUUCUUUCUUCUAUUUCCCACUGUUCGUUUCUUUCUUUCCCUCAUUCUUUUUUCUUCCUUCCAACUAUUUCCCAAUGUUCUUUUUCAUUCAUUUGUUAUUCUUUCUUUCUUUCUUUCUUUUCUUUUUCUUUCUUUCGUUCUUUCUUUCUUUCUUUCUUUCUUUCUUUCUUUCUUUCUUUCUUCUAUUUCCCAUCUUCUUCUUCUUCUUCUUCUUCUUCUUCUUCUUCUUCUUCUUUCUACUUUCCAAAUUCUGUCACCGUCACCCACAUCCUAUUCACACACUUCUUUUUCCUCCUCCUCCUCUUCUUCUUCUUCUUUCUAAGUACUUUCCAAAUUCUAUCAGUGUCACCCACAUCCUAUUCACACACUUCUUCUUCUUCUUCUUCUUCUUCUUCUUCUUCUUCUUCUUCUUCUUCAGUCACUUGA